AUGAAUUCAGUUCACCAAAACAUACAGACACCAGAUGAGAUAAAAAACAAAACCAUCGCAUCGAUCAGAAGAAUGAAAGAUUUCGUAGAGGCAGAGGCCAGAAAACAAGAAGAGGCAGAAAAGAACAACUCAAUAUACGUUCCCGCAGAAGCCCCCUUCCUGUUUGUAGUCAGAAUCAGAAGUGCCAACAAGUGCUCACCAGAUGUGUCCACCGCUCUGGACUGUCUGAGACUCAGAAACAUAAAUACCGGAACUUUCGUCAUAAACAACAAAUCGUCCAAGUCGCUCCUCCAGAAAGUCAGAGCAUACGUUGCCUUUGGAAACCUCUCUCUGGAGACAAUCAGAAAGCUCAUCUACACCAGAGCAUUCGGCAAGUACAACGGCAAGAGAGUAAACAUCACACAGGAGCUCCUAGAGGAGAAGUUUGGCGGAUCCGUUGAAACACUCGAGGACAUUGUAGAGGCUCUUUUCCUUGGAAAGAGACAGGACGCAUCAGCCAUCAACAAGUGGCUGUGGCCAUUUAGACUGAGCUGCCCAAGAAAAGGAUUUGGAGGCAGAAAGAUAAAAGACUUCACAGAGGGAGGAGCCACUGGAGACCGCGGCAGAUAUCUUGAUGAGCUUAUUACAAGAAUGAUAUAA